GAGUGGCGGUGUUUGUUCCUGCAGCGCCCGGCUGCCAGGCUCCAGCCUCCCUCCCUCUCUUCCUCCCUCCCUCAUCAGCACCACGGUCGCUGUCCGAUCUGCUCCUCUGCCCUGCCGCAUCUAGCCUGUCCGCUCCGCCGCUGCUCCUAUUGCACACAAUACACGAAUUUACAGCACAGCGGCUUCACCUCGGACUCGAGGACAAUUUGCUUUAAGGAUGGUAAAGCUGGGGAGUAAUUUGCAGGACAAAGACAGCAAGCCUGGUGCGGAGGAUGGUUUUAAAAACGUGCCUCUCAUCACACCUCUAGACGUCAACCAUCUCCAGUACGCGGCUCCCGACGAAGUAGUGGUGAAGACCCGAACUGAAUAUCAGACUGAGCAGAAGAACAAGGGCAAGAUGAAGGCUCCGAAGGUGGAGGAGUUCACCAUCAGCUUCAACGAAGGCGUGUCAGAAAGACUCAAGGUCACGGUCCUCAUCUUCCUGGCACUGGCCUUCUUGGCCUGCAUCGUCUUCCUGGUGGUAUAUAAAGCCUUCACCUAUGACCACAGCUGUCCGGACGGCUUUGUCUACAAGCACAAGCGCUGCAUCCCAGCAUCACUGGAAGCCUACUAUGCCAACCAGGACAGCAGCUCCCGGGCACGUUUUUACACGGUCAUCAGCCACUACAGCAUGGCCAAGCAGAGCACAUCCCGUUCGGUGUCACCAUGGCAACCGGCAGGCCCCGCCCAGCACGGCCCCGAGGACCACUAAGCGCCCCCCCCGGAGGCCAUCUUUUUAAAGGAGAACGAAAAGAUAUAUGAGGUGUCUCAGUCCAUAAAUCCUGAUGGGGAACUGUGGGCCAGUCUGUGUUCCUCACACCUUGUCCAAACCCCUCCAUAUCUCUCUCUCCCUCUUGUCAUUGAUGUUUUCUAUUCCGUAAUGAACAACGAAGCCUUUGUAAAUAGGCAUGAUGUUAUGGCCCCAAACAUUUUAUUCAUUUCUUUCCGUCAUCUGUCUGCCAUAACUGAGAUGUGGUGUUUCCUACCGAUUACUGGCAUGCACUCCUGAAAUCAUCGUAAGACGGAAGCUGUCCAUUUUAGCCCUUUUUAUUAUGAUGGUGUGCGUAGUCUUUAAUUGCUGUGAAUGAAUAUUCAGUUGAAAGAGAACAACCCACGCUGAGACCCUGUUACAUUUGUGUAAAUUAGCUGUCAAGGUGGUUAUAAUGUACGUUAUUCUUAAGUAAUAUAAAUGGUAUAUAUUACAUUCCUUUUGAACGAUUAAGAUUACGACUUCUGCCAAUAAGUCAGUAAAUACUUCUCUUUUGGCAGGGCCCAAACAGCUAAAGAUUCUGGAAAAGGAUUUUCCUUGAAGUACCUUUAUUUAUGUAAUUAAUAGCAAGUCAUCAUUUCAUGUAUGGCCACAUAAUUCAGUUUUAAUGCCUGUACAACAUUUUGGUUAUAAAAUGGAAUGUUGAUACAAAAGCAAGGUCAAUAUUCAAAGUGUUUUAUACAGUAACUAUUACACAACACAGUUUAUACAUAAAAUAUUUCACAAGAAUGGAUGUCCCUAAUAGUUUAUCGUGUAAAAUCAAACAGCGAUGACAGUCUUCUGUAUGUCCUUUGAGUUGCUGACAGAUUGUGAUGCUUGUCCCCUUGGAGCCAGUUCUCAGAGUCGCGAGUGUCUUUGAACUCCCACUCAGCAAAAUGGGAUGUUUAUACUUCCUGAACAGUGGCCUUCAAAGGCAAAGCUCUUACUUAGUCUGACUUUUUAAUAAAAAAGAAAUAAACAUGUU